CAACAAUUUCCCAGUAAACAACACAUCAUGGAUCUUUGGAUCAGGUGGCUGGCAGUCACAGUGCUGCUUACAACGUGUGAUGCGCAGCUUCCAAAGCAGGCACAGGCUCCCCUGCUUCUGCACAAGCCCUUCGUCGUGGUUUGGAAUGCACCCACUGAGCAAUGCCGGCUGCGGUACAAGGUAGACUUGGAUCUCAGCAUCUUUGACAUCGCAUCAAACACCAACGAGACUCUGAGUGGAUCCAAUGUGACAAUAUUCUAUCACACUCAUUUGGGAUACUAUCCCUACUACUCAGAUAAUGGCAACCCCGUGAAUGGAGGAGUGCCUCAAAAUGAAAGUCUUAUCAAGCACCUUAAUAAAGCAAAGUCUGACAUUGACUAUUGCAUACCCACGAAGAAAUUUCACGGACUUGCGGUCAUUGACUGGGAAAACUGGAGACCACAGUGGGAUAGGAACUGGGGCAAUAAAAGCAUUUAUAGAAAUAAAUCUCUUGAGAUGGUUAGGCAACGGCAUCCACAGUGGUCAGAGGAUAAAAUUAGGAAAGUAGCUAAAGAGGAAUUUGAAAACGCUGGCAAGAGUUUUAUGAACAACACUAUCCUUCUGGCUGAACACAUGAGGCCAAAUGGUUUGUGGGGUUACUAUCUUUACCCAGACUGCUACAAUUACGAUUACAAAGAGCACUGGCAAACAUACACAGGAAAAUGCCCAGCCAUUGAAUCUUCUCGCAAUGAUCUCCUUCUUUGGCUGUGGAAGGAAAGUACGGCUCUCUACCCUUCAAUAUAUCUGGAUUAUAUACUGAAGUCAAGUCCAAACGCAUUAAAGUUUGUUCACUAUCGGGUUAAAGAGGCAAUACGUGUUGCCUCGAUUGCUAGAAAAGACUAUGUUUUGCCUGUUUUUGUUUACUCCAGACCAUUUUAUGCCUACACUUUUCAUGUUUUAACAGAGAUUGAUCUGGUUAACACCAUUGGUGAAAGUGCGGCUUUGGGAGCAGCUGGAGUUGUUCUCUGGGGCAGUAUGCAAUAUGCCAGCUCAAAGGAGAGCUGUUCCACUGUGAAGAGAUACAUUGAUGGACCCUUAGGACAUUAUGUCAUUAAUGUGACCUCAGCAGCCAAACUCUGUAGCAAAGUCCUGUGUAAGAAGAAUGGAAGAUGCAUACGCAAAAACAGUGACUCUUCUGUGUACCUACAUCUGCCACCCAGUGAUUUUAAGAUUCGAGCCCAUGGCUCAGGAAGGGGCCCACGAUUGCAGGUGACUGGUGAACUCAGCUUGGAAAACAUAGAAGUCAUGAGGCAGAGGUUCAUGUGCCAGUGUUAUCAAGGAUGGACAGGAAUAUUUUGUGAAUUGCCUGACCAAAGUGUAAUGGAGCACUGGGUUCAUGUUGUGUUCAGCAGAUCAAGAAAACAGAAGCUUUAUGUCUUCCUCUUAGGAGCCAUGCAGCUUCUUCUCCUUUAUAUAGCAUAUUAAACUCUUCUAAGGCAUGCAAAGAAAUCAGAAAUGUUGCCACUUGGACUUACAUGUUUUAGCAAGUCUUUAUUACAAAGAGGAAAGAUGUUGUUGAUUAAAUUGCUUUAUUCAGUCUUGUUCAUGUCCCAGUCCUUCUAAAAGAGCUCCAGGCAUUAAAAAUUUUUCGAGUAGCCCCUUCUUUUUGAUUUCAUUCAUUUCAAGUAAGUUCAUUUAUUUACUUUUUAAGCAGAUAAACUUUUUGCUCUACAGUGGAAAUUUUAACUGAGUAAAACUGUUGAAUAACAUGGUACCAGGAUUCAUCCAUGUAGAAACUUAAAAAAGGACCCAGAACUUCUUUGCUCUGGGGUUGGAUGAUUUAAUAUAGUUUGACAAGGAAGAGUUUUCAUACAGACCAAGGAGCCCAAACCAUGCUCUGCAGCUCUUGCUGAAGUCAAACGGCAUUUUGCAUGAGCAGCAUCACAGUGCCUAAAUUCAGAUCCAUCACAACAUACUGAUCCCAAUAUUUCUGCACAGAAUGUAUAUUUUGGUGUUGUAAGGCCUGAUUUGCAUCUUGUUACUUUGAGAAAUAUCAGUAUUUCCAGUGGUAGUUUUGUGCCCUCAGUUACAAAGGUACUGUUUAACUUAAAAUCUCUGCAAUUAACAGUCAUUGGGUCAAAUGGUCAUUUCCUAUAGCACCA